AUGCUGCUCCUGGCCCUGCUCUUCAUGGUGGCCUGGGCACUGGCUGGCAGGCGGUGGUGUGAGCAGACUGAAACUGUCUGGGUGGAGGAGUUGGUGACACCCCGCCAGGAGGACCUGGUGCCCUGUGCCAGCCUCUACCACCACCUCCGGCUGGGCUGGCUCCUGGGCCCGCCUCCAAGGACAAAUGGCCGGCUCACCUCCGACCUCAGGCUCUGUCCCAUCUACAGGCCCCCAGAAACCCGGCCCGCUGCCCGGACUCGUACUGUGAGGGCUUGCUGCCCAGGCUGGGGGGGUGCCCACUGCUCCCUGGCCACCACUGUCCUCGAAGGAUCCAGCCCCAGUGGCCACUGCUUUGCCACAGGGCAGUGCCAGCUGUGGGCAGGUGUGGUCCAUACACCAGCAGCAAGCCUGGAGGAGUGCUGUGCCCAGGUCUGGGGGCACAGCUGGCAGGAUGGAAGCUCCCAGGCCUGCAUCCACUGCUCCCAUCAGCCCCCCCAAGGCAGCACCCCCACCCUAGCGACCCUGCAGCCACUGGCAGGGGCCGUGGGCCAGCUCUGGAGCCAGCGCCAGCGCCCCUUGGCCACCUGUGCCACCUGGUCUGGCUUCCACUACCGCACCUUUGACGGGCGUCACUUCCACUUCCUGGGCCGAUGCACCUACCUGCUGGCGGGCGCUGCUGACUCCAGCUGGGCCGUCCACCUGCUGCCUGGGGGGCACUGCUCCCAGCCUGGGCACUGCCAGCUGGUCCGGGUGACAAUGGGGCCAGAGGAGGCACUGAUUCAGGGUGGCAACGUCUCUGUGAAUGGGGUGCUGAUCUCCAAAGAGGAGUCCUGGAUGCUCCAUGGGAUGAGCCUGCAGUGGCAGGGAGACUGGCUGGUGCUGUCAGGGGAUCUGGGGGCCAUCGUGAGGCUGGAUGGGGCUGGCUCUGUGUCCAUCUCCCUGGAUCCUGGGCUCCGCGGGCAGACGCAAGGCCUGUGUGGGCUCUACAAUGACCAGCCGGAGGAUGACUUUUUGGAGCCAGGUGGCAGGAUGGCUGUGCUAGCUGCCACCUUUGGGAAUUCCUGGAGGCUCCCCGACUCUGAGCCUGGGUGUGUGGACGCCCCGGAGGCUGCUCCAGUCUGCAAGAGGCCCCCGGGGGGUGUGGAAGAGGCAUCCCGCCUGCUGGCUGAGGCCCAGGAUGUGUGCCACCUGCUCCUGGGCAGUCCUUUCAGAGAGUGCCACAUUCAGGUGGCCCCCACCGGGUACCAUGAGGCUUGUCUCUUCGCCUACUGUGCCGGGGCAGCAGACGGCAAGCAGGCGGGGCGGCGGGAGGCUGUGUGUGCCACCCUGGCAAACUAUGCCCAGCACUGUGCCCAGGAGGGCAUCCACAUCCACUGGAGGAAGCCUGGCUUCUGUGAGCGCCUGUGCCCUGGGGGCCAGCUCUACUCGGACUGCGUGUCCUCCUGCCCACCCAGCUGCUCGGCCGUUGGCGAGGGCGGGGAACGGUCCUGCCGGGAGGAGUGUGUGAGCAGCUGCGAGUGUCCGCCUGGCCUGUACUGGGAUGGCACCCUCUGUGUGCCACCUGCCCAAUGCCCCUGCUACCACCGGCGCCAGCGCUAUGCCCCAGGGGACACCGUGUACCAGUUGUGCAACCCUUGUGUGUGCCAGGAUGGCCGCUGGCACUGUGCCCAGGCCCAGUGCCCGGCUCAGUGCUCUGUGGGAGCCGAUGGACACUACCUCACCUUUGAUGGACGGGGCUUCUCCUUCCGGGGCAGCAGAGGCUGCCGCUAUGGCCUGGUGCAGGACCAUGUGAAGGGGCAGCUGCUGAUUGAGCUGGAGCAUGGGGCCUGUGAGUCUGGGAGCUGCCUCCACGCCAUCUUGGCCUCUCUGCAGGGGGCCCACAUCCAGCUCAGCGACUCAAGCGCUGUCCUGGUGGAUGGGCAGGAGGUGGCCGUGCCCUGGCAUGGUGCUGGGAACCUCAGCAUCACCCGAGCCUCCUACAGCUUCCUGUUGCUGCGCUGGCCCGGGGCCCAGGUCCUCUGGGGUGUGUCUGACCCUGCAGCCUACAUCACUCUGGAGCCCCACUAUGCCUACCAGGUGCAGGGUCUGUGUGGCACCUUUACCUGGAACCAGCAAGAUGACUUCCUGACCCCUGCUGGGGAUGUGGAGACCAGUGUAGCUGCCUUCACCAGCAAGUUCCAGGUGGCAGGCGAGGGGAGGUGCCCCCCUGGGGACGCAGCACUACUGCAUCCAUGCAGCACCCACACCCAGCGCCGCCCCUUCGCGGAGGCAGCCUGCGCCGCCCUGCACAACCCAGCCUUCCAGAAGUGCCAUGGGCUAGUGGACAGGGAGCCAUACUGGCUGCGCUGCCUGGCAGCUGUGUGUGGCUGCACUUUGGGCGAGGAUUGCCUGUGCCCCCUGCUCUCAGCCUAUGCCCACCGCUGUGCCCAGGAGGGCGCCCUGCAGUCCUGGAGGAGCCAGACCCUCUGCCCUGUCACAUGUCCUGGUGGCCAGGAGCACCAGGAGUGUGCCCCAGCAUGCGGCCGAAACUGCGGGGAGCCUGAGAACUGUGUGGGGCUGGGCGGUUGAGUGCCUGGGUGUAACUGCCCCCCAGGGCUGCUGUGGGACCCCGCAGGCCAGUGUGUGCCCCCCAGCCUGUGCCCUUGCCAGCUGGGAGCCCACCGCCAUGCCCCUGGCAGCACCACUAUGAAGGACUGCAGCCGCUGCAUCUGCCAGAAAAGAGGCCUCUGGAAUUGCACAGCGCACCGCUGCCCCCCGCAGCAGGCAUUCUGUCCCCGUGGGCUCAUCCACGUCCCUGGCACCUGCCUGCUCACCUGUGACAGCCCCAGUGCCAACCACACCUGCCCCAUGGGCAGCCCUGCAGGCUGUGUCUGCCCCCCGGGCACCGUGCUGCUGGACAAGCAGUGUGUGCCCACUGAGCGCUGCCCCUGCCGCCACAGCGGGCGGUGGUUCCCGCCCAAUGCCACCAUCCAGGAAGACUGCAAUGUCUGUGUGUGCCAGGGCCGGCAGUGGCACUGCACGGGUCAUCAGUGUGGGGGUCACUGCCAGGCCUCAGGCGCCCCUCACUAUGUCACAUUUGAUGGGCUGGCGAUAACCUUCCCUGGGGCCUGCGAGUACCUGCUGGUGCGGGAGGCUGCUGGCCGUUUCUCUGUGUCAGCCCAAAACCUGCCCUGUGGGGCCAGUGGCCUUGUCUGCACCAAGGCGCUGAGUCUGCAGCUGGAGGGCACCAUCAUACAUCUGCUCCGAGGCCGGGCCGUGACAGUGAACGGGGUGCCCAUCUCACCCCCCAAGAUUUACACAGGCCUUGGGCUGAGCCUGCGUUACUCUGGCCUCUUCCUGGUGCUCAGGACUUGCCUGGGCCUCAGCCUGCUCUGAGAUGGAGGCACCCGGGUGUUGGUGCACUUGCCCCCGCAGUUCCGCGGCCGCGUGGCGGGGCUGUGCGGAAACUUUGAUGGAGAUGCCAGCAACGACCUGAGCAGCCGCCAGGGAGUCCUGGAGCCCACGGCGGAGCUGGCCGCCCAUUCCUGGCGCCUCCAGCCCCUCUGCCCAGAGCCCGGAGACAUGCCGCAUCCCUGCACCGUGAAUGCCCACCGCACUGACUGGGCCCGGGCGCGCUGCGGGGUACUGCUGCAUGCUGUCUUCGCAGCGUGCCACGCCGAGGUGCCUCCGCAGACGCACUACGAGCGGUGCUUGCACGAAGCCUGCGGCUGCGACUCUGGGGGCGACUGUGAGUGUCUCUGCUCGGCCAUCGCCACCUACGCGGAUGAGUGCGCUCGGCACGGACAUCGCCUGCGCUGGCGCAGCCAGGAGCUCUGCCCUGUGCAGUGCGAAGGGGGCCAGCUGUAUGAUGCCUGUGGCCCCACGUGUCCCCCCACCUGCCGUGACUAGGCUCCUGAGCCCAGGUGGCACUGCCAGGUGGCUGCCUGCGUGGAGGGCUGCUUCUGCCCCGAGGGAACCCUGCUGCACGGCGAGAUCUGCCUGGAGCCCGCCUCCUGCCCCUGCGAGUGGGGGGGCAGCUUCUUCCCACCGGGGGCUGUGCUGCAGAAGGACUGCGGGAACUGCACGUGCCAGGACAGUCAGUGGCACUGCGGAAGUGGCAGUCCUCACUGUGAGGAGCCAGUGCCCAGCUGUGCAGAGGGAGAGGUCCCAUGCCAGGAGAGUGGGUGCUGUGUGCCCCAUGGGUGGCUCUGUGACAACCAAGACGACUGUGGUGAUGGCUCCGAUGAGGAGGGCUGUGCCACCCCAGGCUGUGGGGAGGGGCAGUUCUCCUGCAGCUCUGGAGGAUGCCUGCCUAUGGCUCUGCGCUCUGAUGGGCAGCACGACUGUGUGGAUGGGGCAGAUGAGAAGGGCUGCCCGUGCCCCCAGGAAUCUCUGGCCUGUGCAGAUGGGCAGUGCUUGCCCAUGGCGCUGCUCUGCGAUGGGCACCCCGACUGUCCAGACGCCACCGACGAGGAAUCCUGUCUGGGGCGGACGAACUGCACCUCUGGAGAGGUGUCCUGCACAGAUGACAGCUGCGUGGGUGCCUUCCAGCUGUGUGACGGGGUCUGGGACUGCCCGGACGGGGCGGAUGAGGGGCCCAGGCACUGCCCCCUCCCCUCUCUGCCCACGCCUCCUGCUGGGUCCCUGGAGACUGCACCAACUCCCCCGAGCGAUAUCGGACCUGCCCUGCCCUGCGGACCCGCCGAGUUUGCUUGCGGAAGCGGUGAGUGUGUCCCGCGGGGCUGGCGCUGCGACCGAGACGAGGACUGCGCAGACAGCAGCGACGAGCGCGACUGCGCUAGAGCGCCGACCUACGCCCCCAGCUCAGGCCCUGCCCACGGAGACCUAACCCCGCCCACCGCGCAGACCCCGCCCCCAGUUCGGAGCCCGUUCCCGGCGCUGACCUCUGCCCCCGGGGGCUGUGGUCCCACCUCCUCUGCCCAGGCCUCCUUGCCCCCACGGGCCUCCGAAAGGCCUCCCCUGCCAGCCCCUCGGCCGAUAUGGGGCGGAGGCAUCCCAGGACACCUCUUGCUGCCCACAGGACCCACCCAGCUGCCCCCAUGUCCUGGCCUCUUCCCCUGUGGCUUGGCUCCGGAACUAUGCCUGCCCCCAGAUCGGGUUUGCGAGGGGACCCAGGACUGUCCCCAGGCCGAGGACGAGCUGGGCUGUGAGGGGCUUCUAGCCCUGGGAGGCCCCAACAGGACAGGGGUCCCAUGCCCUGAGUACUCCUGCCCAGACGGUGCCUGUAUCGGAUUCCAGCUGGUGUGUGAUGGGCGGCCAGACUGUGAAUUGUCAGGGGGCACAGGGCCCUCCCCAGAAGAGCAGGGUUGUGGGAGCUGGGGCCCCUGGAGCCCAUGGGCAGCGUGCAGCCAGACGUGCGGGCCUGGGGUGCAGGGCCGGAGUCGCCACUGCUCCCCUGCUAGCCCCCUGGUGCUGCAGCACUGCCCCGGCACAGAGCACAAGUCUCAGGCCUGCUUCUUUGCAGCCUGCCCAGUGGAUGGGGAGUGGAACCCCUGGUCGGCCUGGUCGCCCUGCCUCGAGCCCUGUGGGGGCACCACAACCCGGCAGCGAGGGUGCCGCCCACCCCAGAAUGGGGGAAGGAGCUGUGCCACGCUGCCUGGUGGCCCUCAUAGCACCCGCGAGACCAAGCCCUGCACUCAGGAUGGCUGUCCCAAUGCCACCUGCCCUGGGGAGCUGGUGCUCGGACCCUGCACCCCCUGCGACUUGACGUGCGAGGACGUCUCCAGCCAGGCCUCAUGCCCCACUGACCAGCCCUGCUGCCCAGCCUCACCCUGGGCCUCCCCAGGCUGCUGGUGCCCCAAGGGGCAGUUGCUGGGCAGCGAAGGGCAGUGUGUGUGGCCCCGGCACUGCCCCUGCCUUGUGGACGGCACCCGCUACUGGCCUGGCCAACGCAUUGAGGCCAACUGCCAGCUCUGCAUCUGCCAAGAUGGGCGGCCCCGGCGCUGCCGGCCCAACCCGCACUGCAGUGUGGACUGUGGCUGGUCGUCCUGGUCCCCCUGGGCUGAGUGUCUGGGCCCCUGUGGGAGUCACAGCAUCCAGUGGGCCUUUCGAAGCCCCAACAAUCCCCACUUCUCCGGCCGUGGCAGUCAGUGCCGGGACAUUCACCGCAAGGCCCGAAGAUGCCAGACGGAGCCCUGUGCAGAGUGUGGAUGGCAGGGUCAGGCUUUUCGCGCUGGGCAACGCUGGCGUGGGGGCCCGUGUGAGGUGUGCCAGUGUCUGCACAACCGCACCGUGCACUGCUCCCUUUACUGCCCCCUGGGCAGCUGCCCCCAGGGCUGGUUCCUGGUGGAGGGAGUGGGAGCGGCGUGCUGCCACUGCAUCCUGUCCGGAGAGAACCAGACAGCCCACCCCAUGGCCACUCCGGCCCCUGCUCCUGCCCCCAGCCCCCAGAUUGGACCCCCUCUGGCCACCUACCUUCUGCCUCCACCAGGAGACCCCUGCUAUUCCCCCCUGGGGAUCCUGCAUGCUGUGUCCCAGCUGUCGGAGCACCCGGCCUGGGCUGCCUCUCUGGGGGCUCCCACCGAGGGAAGCCACAGGGAGGCCCACCCUGGGCCACACACCCCACCCACCUUACUGCAGCUGGACCUGAGGCAGCCCAGGAACCUCACUGGCCUCCUUGUGCAGGCCACCGGGGAUGGCUCCAGCUUCUCACUGCAGUUCAGCAGCGACGGCCUCCAAUGGCACGAAGACGGUGAACUCCUGCGUGGCCCUCUGCUCCCACCCCAGGCCUCCCCUGGGAGCUGGGACGGCCUGAGCCCAGCGGUGCAGAUCUUUGGCCGGAUGGUGCAGGCUCGGUACGUGCGGGUCCGGUUCCGGGGUCCCCACGACAGCGCCUUUCUGAGGGUGGAGCUGCUGGGCUGUAGGCCAGGUACCGACAUGGAGCGGGGCAGGGGGGAGGUUCCGGAGUGGUUUGAGUGUGCCUGGAGUGGGGCUGCUUGUGAUGGCACGGAGGACUGUGCAGAUGGCUCCGAUGAAGAGGGCUGCGAACUUCUGUCCACCCGCGCCAGCAGGGUGCAUCCCGCAGCGAGGACCCCAGGCCCCUCCUCCACCCAGCCCCUGCAGCUGGUCACGCAGCAUGGGGAGAGUCUGGCAGGGACUGAGCUCUGGCACCCCGAGCAAGGGUCCCCAGAACCCCCGACAGCCUCCAAGUCUCCUCAUCCGAGUUCUGGAGAGUCCAUGCCACCAGUGGCCACCACCCCCACACCCCAGCCAGAGGUCAGGAUACUGCAACCAGAUAUGGUAGCUGUUACGGGGCGCUCUCCCCACGAGAUGGCUACAGUGGCCCCCACCGGCCCAAGUGUGUGCCCAGGGCCCUUCCUGCCCACACAGUGUGGCCCAGGGCAGGUGGGCUGCAUAGUGCUGGGCUGCGUGGAGCCUGAGCAGCUGUGCGAUGGGCAGGAAGAGUGUCUGGAUGGCUCUGAUGAGUGGUGCUGUGCCAGGAAUAACAACUCCUUCUCCCUUGCCCCCCGGGCAGCGAGCACUGUGCCCUUCUUGGUGUCCACAAUAGCCCUGCCUGGGCUGCCAGCCACCUGCUCUCCACAACAGCUGCACUGUGGUAGUGGGGAAUGCCUUCCUGCCCCACGGCGCUGUGACCUGCGGCCGGAUUGCCAGGACGGCUCUGAUGAGCGUGACUGUGUGGACUGUGUGCUGGCACCCUGGUCUGGCUGGAGCAGCUGCAGCCAAAGCUGUGGACCUGGCCUUGCCGUCCAGCACCGGCAGCCGCUUCGGCCUCCCCUGCCUGGGGGCAGCUGCCCACUUGACCGAGUCCGAAGUCGGUCCUGCUUCCUUCGGGCCUGCCCAGUGGCUGGGGCAUGGGCUGUGUGGGAGGCCUGGGGGCCCUGCAGCGUUUCCUGUGGGGGUGGCCAUCAGAGUCGAAAGAGGAGCUGUAAGGACCCCCCACCCAAGAACAGUGGUGCCCCUUGCCCAGGGCUCUCCCAGGAGAGUGCACCCUGCAACUUGCAGCCCUGUGGAGGUGGUACCGACUGUGGCCUGGGCCGCGUACAUGUGAGUGCUGAGCUGUGCCAUAAGGGGCUGGUGCCCUUGUGCCCACCCUCCUGCCUGGACCCUGAGGCCAACAGAAGUUGCAGUGGGCACUGUCUGGAGGGAUGCCGCUGCCCACCUGGGCUGCUCCUGCACUACGAGAACUGCCUACCCCUCUCCCAGUGCCCUUGCCUUGUGGGUAAGGAGCUGAAGCCCCCGGGUGAGCGCUUUCUGCUGGACAACUGCAGCUGGUGCGUCUGUGAGGAGGGGGCUCUGCGAUGUGAAUCGAGGAGCUGUCCUGUGCCUUGUGGCUGGUCAGCCUGGUCCCCCUGGGGCCCCUGUGACCGCUCUUGUGGCUCUGGAGUGAGGGCCAGGUUCAGGUCUCCCUCCAACCCUCCAGCCACCGCUGGGGGUGUUCCGUGCGAAGGGGACAGCCAGGAACUGCAGGCCUGCCACACGGGGUGUGGGACAGAGGUACUGGGCUGGACGUCCUGGACGCUGUGGUCGCCCUGCAAUCGGAGCUGCCUUACCCCUGGGGGGGGCCCGGGGUGGCGACGUCGUUCCCGACUCUGCUCCAGUCCCGGGCACGCCUCCUGCACCGGAGAGGGCACUCAGGAGGAGCCCUGCAGCCCCCCUGUGUGUCCAGUACCAAGCGCCUGGGGUCCGUGGGCUCCCUGGUCGGCUUGCUCAGUUCCCUGUGACGGAGGCAUCCAGACACGUGGGCGCAGCUGUUCUGGCCCAGCCUCCGGGGACCCAGAGUGCCGGGGACCCCACAGCCAGACCCGGGACUGCAACACGCAGCCCUGCACAGCUCAGUGCCCGGAGCACAUGGUGUUCCGCUCGGAGGAGCAGUGCUGCCAGGAGGGCGGGCCGUGCCCUCGGCUGUGCGUGGCGCAGAGCUCCGGGGUGGAGUGCACGGGCUCCUGCGUCCCCGGCUGCGCCUGCCCGCCUGGCCUCUUGCUGCACGCCGCGGGCUGCCUUCCCCGAGGCCAGUGUCCCUGCCAGUGGCAUGGGCGGCUCUACCUGCCCGGAGCAGUGGCUCGACUGGACUCCUGCAACAACUGCACCUGUGUCUCUGGAGACAUGGAGUGCACCUCCGAGCCCUGUCCAGUGGCCUGUGGCUGGAGUCCCUGGACCCUGUGGACUGUCUGCAGUCGAAGCUGCAACGUGGGCAUUCGGCGGCGCUUCCGGGCAGGCACUGCCCCCCCAGCUGCCUUUGGGGGUGCUGAGUGCAAGGGCCCCAAUAUGGAGGCUGAGUUCUGCAGCCUGUGGCCCUGUCAGGGGCCAGGUGGGAAGUGGGGGCCCUGGUCUCCGUGCUCUGUGCCCUGCGGCGGUGGCUACAGGAAUCGCACCCAGGGCAGUAGUCCCCACAGCCCUGUUGAUUUCUCUACCUGUAGCCUGCAGCCCUGUGCAGGGCCAGUGCUUGGCGUGUGUCCUGGGGACAAGCAGUGGCUGGAUUGUGCCCUGGGCCCUGCCUCCUGCGCAGAACUCAGUGCCCCAGGAAGGGCUAAUGGGACCUGCCGUCCUGGAUGCUACUGCCUGCCUGGGACACUCCUGCUGAACAACGUGUGUGUGCCCACCCGCGACUGCCCCUGUGCCCACGAGGGGCGCCUGCAUGCCCCCGGCAGCGCCGUGCUCAGCCGCUGCGAGAACUGCUCCUGCGUGUCGGGUAGGAUCACCGACUGCACGUCGCGGCCCUGCGCGGAAGCCCCGCCAGCUUGGUCGCCCUGGACCCCCUGGAGCGAAUGCUCCGCCUCCUGCGGCCCCGCCCGGCGCCACCGGCACCGCUUCUGCCCCGGUGUCCGAGGCGCGGCGCUGUCCCCUGCGCUGAGCCCGCCAGGGCCUCCCUGCCCGGGCCCCGAGGCCGAGGAGGAGCCCUGCUUACUGUCAGCCUGCGACCGAGCUGGGGGCUGGGGUCUGUGGGGCCCCUGGUCCCGCUGUAGCCGGAGCUGUGGCGGAGGCCUGCGGAGCCGGGCCCGCGUCUGCGACCGACCCCCGCCGCAGGGCCUGGGGGACUACUGCGAGGGGCCUGGGGCGCAGGCGGAAGUCUGCAGAGCCCUUCCGUGCCCAGUGACCAACUGCACAGCCAUCCAAGGGGCCGAGUACAGCCCCUGUGGCCCCCCCGGCCCUCGCACCUGUGACGACCUGGCGCUCUGCAUGUGGCACUGCCAACCAGGCUGUUACUGCCCCCCGGGCCAGGUACUGAGUGCAGAUGGGGCCGCCUGUGUGCGGCCAGGCCACUGUGGUUGCCUGGACCUGCUGACUGGGGAGCGGUACCGCCCGGGCACUCAGCUGGCCCGGCCUGAUAGCUGCAACCAUUGCACCUGCUUGGAGGGGAAACUGAACUGCACAGAUCUUCCCUGCCCAGUGCCUGGGGGCUGGUGCCCAUGGUCAGAGUGGACGCCAUGUUCACUGCCCUGCCGGGGCCAGAGGAGGGCCCGCUCCAGGGCCUGCGCCUGCCCCUCCCCUCAACAUGGGGGGACUCCAUGCCCAGGGGAGACAGGGGCCCAGCAACAGCUGGAGGCCUGCCCCAGCCCCGAACCAUUCCCAGAGGAUGGAGCCUGGAGCCUGUGGGGGAAGUGGUCCCCCUGUGACACUUGCCUGGGGCAGUUCUACCGGAGCCGGAUGUGCAUCAGAUUCCCCAGUCCAGAGGGAAGCAGGCCCUGCCCCGGGGCCCACAGGCAGAGCCGUGCCUGCGAGGACAAUAGCUCACAGUGCACAGACUGCAGGGGUGGCCAGGGCCUGGUCCCCUGUGGGCUGCCCUGUCCCCGGUCUUGCCAGGACCUAUCCCCAGGGAGCGAGUGCCAGCCAGGCUCCACUGGCUGCUGGCCCAGCUGUGGGUGCCCCCCAGGCCAGCUAGUCCAGGAUGGGCUCUGUGUGCCCCCUGCCCUCUGCCGCUGCCAGUACCAGCCUGGAGCCAUGGGUAUUCCUGAGAACCAGAGCCAGUCAGCAGGGCCUGGGCUCAGCUCCUGGGAGAGUCUGGAGCCUGGAGAGGUGGUGACCGGGCCAUGCGAUAUCUGCACCUGUGUGGCUGGCAUUCUGCAGUGCCAGGAGGUGCCCAGCUGCUCCGGCCCUGGGGCAUGGGAGGCAUGGGGCCCCUGGGAGGACUGCAGUGCAUCAUGCGGCGGAGGGGAGCAGCUGCGAGUCCGGCGCUGCGCCUGCCCUCCCUGCCCGGGGCCUGCCCGCCAGAGCCGCACUUGUCAUAGCCAGGUGUGCAAAGAGGCUGGGUGUUCAGCUGGGCGUCUGUACCGGGAGUGCAGGACCAGCGAGGCCUGCCCCUUCUCCUGUGCCCAUGUCACACAGCAGAUGGGCUGCUACUCCGAAGGUUGUGAGGAGGGGUGUCACUGCCCCCUGGGCACCUUCCAGCACCGCUUGGCAUGUGUACAGGAGUGCCCCUGCGUGCUGACCGCACUGCUGCUGCAGGAACUGCGGGCCCUCAGCCUGGACCCUGGGACUUGGCCACCCAUUUUGGGAGAGGGGGGUCGACCUUUGGGGCCUGGAGAUGAGCUGGGCUCGGGGCAGACCCUUCACGCGGGUUGCAGCAACUGCUCCUGUGCACACGGGAAGCUGUCCUGUUCCCUGGAGGACUGCGCCGCGGCCGGCGGCUUCGGCCCCUGGAGCGCGUGGGGCCGGUGCUCGCGCUCCUGCGGCGGCCUGGGGACCCGCAGCCGCAGCCGCCAGUGUAUGCGCCUUGCGCCCUUCGGUGGUGGCCAGGCCUGCCUGGGGCCGCGCCAGGACCUCGAGCCCUGCCCCAGCCCGGACUGCCCCGGGGCUGAAGAGUCCACAGUGGAGCCAGUGACAGGUCUCCCAGGCGCCUGGGGCCCGUGGUCCCCGUGGUCCCCCUGCUCCCGCACCUGUACGGACCCAGCCUGCCCUGCGUGGCGCCAUCGCACCUGUCUCUGCUUGGCCAACUGCACCAGCGCGGACUCCACCCAGGAGCGGCCGUGCAACCUGCCCUCCUGCACAGAGCUGCCCCUGUGCCGCGGCCCCGGCUGCGCCGCCUGGAACUGCUCCUGGACGGCCUGGGCUCCCUGGGAGCCGUGCUCUCGUAGCUGCGGGGCGGGUCAGCAGCGCCGCCUGCGGGCGUACCGGCCCCCGGGGCCCGGCGGGCAUUGGUGCCCCGACAUCCUCUCAGCCUACGAGGAGCGCCGUUUCUGUAACUUGCGAGCUUGCCCAGUGUCGGGGGGCUGGUCCCGCUGGAGCCCCUGGUCCUGGUGUGACCGGAGCUGCGGUGGGGGCCGAUCCCUGAGAAGCCGCAGCUGCUCUAGUCCCCCGCCCAAGAACAGGGGUGCUCCCUGUGUCGGGGAGCGGUACCACACUCGGCCCUGCAACCCCAUGCCCUGCGAAGGGGACUGCCCAGCUGGUAUGGAGAUGGUCAGCUGUGCCAGCCGCUGCCCUCGCACAUGCUCAGACCUGCAGGAAGGGGCCGUGUGCCAGGACGAUGAGAGCUGCCAGGGCGGCUGCCGCUGCCCGGAGGGAUCCCUGGAGCAGGGUGGUGGCUGUGUGCCCAUCCGCCACUGCGAGUGCACAGAUGCCCAGGGGCACAUUUGGGCCCCAGGCAGCCGGCGCCAGGAGGCCUGUAGCAACUGCACGUGCCAGGGAGGCCGGCUCUCCUGCACAGCCCGGUCCUGCCCACCACCCACCCACUGUGCCUGGAGCCAGUGGUCAGCCUGGAGUCCCUGCAGCCGCUCUUGUGGGCCUGGAGGGCAGCAGAGUCGCUUCCGGUCCUCCACAUCGGGCUCCUGGGCCCCCAAGUGCUGGGAAGAGCAGUCACAGAGCCAGACCUGCCUGCAGCCUCCCUGCCCACCCCUGUGUAUGCAGGGCACCCACAUCCGCACCCUGGGGGACAGCUGGCUGCAGGGGGAGUGUGAGCUCUGCUCCUGCACCCCAGAGGGCAUGAUGUGUGAGGAUGCCAGGUGUGCAGUGCCCAAGGCCUGGAUGCCAUGGUCCUCGUGGUCCAGCUGCCCAGUUUCCUGUGGAGGUGGAAGCCAAGUCUGAACCCGGGUCUGCAAGACCCUGGCCUCUCUCCCCAGCGGAGUGCCAUGCUUAGGCUCAGACUCCCAGACUCAGCCCUGUGGGCAGCAGCCCUGCCCAGGGCUGCCUGAGGCCUGCUCCUGGGGGCCAUGGGGGCUCUGCUCCCGAAGCUGUGGCCUUGGACUGGCCUUCCGAUCUGGGUCCUGCCCCUGCCCAAUGUCUGAGCCAGACCCUACCUGCAAUGUCACCUUCCUGCACCUGGACACCCGAGCCUGCUACCCCGGGCCCUGUCCAGAGGCAUGCGUUUGGAGCAGCUGGAGCAGCUGGACGAGGUGCUCCUGCCAAGUCCGGGUGCAGCAGCGUUACAGACACCAGGGGCCGGUGCCCGGGGGCGGGGAGGGCACACUCUGCACGCGCCUCGACGGCCACUUCCGGCCCUGCCCCGCCAGCAACUGCUCUGAGAACAGCUGCUCACCUCCCUUUAAGUUCCGAGUCUGUGGCUCCCCCUGUGCUGGGCUCUGUGCCACCCAUCUGCAGGGGCAGCUCUGCCAGGACCUGCCUCCCUGCCAGCCCGGCUGCUACUGCCCUGAGGGGCUGCUGGAGCAGGCAGGGGCCUGCGUCCCCCCAGAGCGGUGCCACUGCCUGCAUAUCCCCGGAGGGGCUGCUGGGCUGGCCCUGGCCCCUGGGGGCCGCCUGUGGCUAGGCUGUAAGGAGUGCGAGUGCCAGCACGGGGAGCUGCGGUGCACUGGCGAGGGUUGCCAAGGUCUUCUGCCUCUGAGCAGCUGGUCUGAGUGGACGCCCUGUGGGCCCUGCCUGCCCCCCAGUGCCCUGGCCCCGGCCUCUAGGAUCGCCCUCCAGGGGCACUGGCUCCAGGACCUAGCCCGCCUCCCCCCCACCUUGGCCUCCCUGCUGGCUUCGGAGCAGCACCGGUACCGCCUCUGUUUGGACCCUGAGACGGGGCACCCCUGGGCUGGGGACCCUCAACUCUGCACUGCACCCCUCAGCCAGCAGCGUCUCUGUCCUGAUCCUCAGGCCUGCCAGGACCUGUGCCAGUGGGGUCCUUGGGGCCCCUGGAGCCCCUGCCAGCUGCCCUGCAGUGGGGGAUUCCGGCUGCGCUGGAGAGAGGCAGGGGGCACCCCUAAAGGAGGCUGCCGGGGGCCCUGGGCUCAGACCGAGGGAUGCAACCGGGCCCCCUGCCCAGGGGCAAGCUGUGCAGCCCGGGGUGCUGAAUUCAGCCCAGGCUGUGCCAACCAGUGCCCAAGAAGCUGUGCUGACCUCUGGGACCAAGUGGAGUGCCUGCAAGGGCCCUGCCACCCAGGCUGCUGCUGCCCCCCCAGCCAGCUGGUUCAAGAUGGGCACUGUGUGCCCAUCUCUUCCUGCCAAUGUGGCCUCCCUGGCCACAAUGCCUCUUGGGAGCUGUCCCCAGCCAAGGUCCUGCAGCUGGGCUGCCAAAACUGCACCUGUGUCAAUGGGUCCCUGGCAUGCCUACCCCGUGAGUGCCCCGUCCUUGGCCCUUGGUCAACCUGGAGCGACUGCUCCUCGCCCUGUGGUGGGGGCACCAUGGAGCGGCACCGGAGUUGCAAGGGGGAACCCUGGGGGCCACUGUGCCUGGCCCAGGACACGGAGCAGCGGCGAGAAUGUAACCUUUGGCCCUGCCCUGGGCGAUGCUUAAGAUGGUGGGGACCAAGGAGGCAUCGUAGAGGGAGAAUGGUGGGUGGCACGGUGAAAGCUAAAGCCAGGACAGACCUGAUGGUGGGGUCUUCUCUGGCAGAGUGCCCCCCAGGGGAGGUGUGGCAGGCAGUGGCCCCCAGGGAGCUCAGGCCCUGUGAGCCAACGUGCCAGGAGGUGGAUGCCACAGAAGCUUCAUGGAGCAACUGCAGCAAGGGGCAGGUGGGCUGUGUGUGCCAGCAUGGGCGCUUUCGCAGUCAGGCAGGCCUCUGCGUCCCAGCAGACAGCUGCGAGUGCUGGCACCGUGGACGUCCCCACCCGCCUGGAUCUGAGUGGCAGGAGGCCUGUGAGAGCUGCCGCUGCGUUGCUGGGAGAAGCAUCUGUACCCAGCACUGCCCCCUGCUCACCUGUGCCCAGGGCGAGGUGAAGGCCCAGGAGACAGGGAGCUGCUGCCCCGCCUGCCGACAGCCAACACUGGAGGGGCGGACAGUCUCCUGCCAGCGCCUCACAGAGCUGCGCAACCUCACCAAGGGUGCCUGCCACCUGGACCAGGUGGAAGUGAGCUAUUGCAGCGGGUACUGCCCAUCCAGCACCAAUGUCAUCCUUGAGGAGCCCUACCUGCAAAGCCAGUGUGAAUGCUGUAGCUACCGCCUGGACCCGGACAGCCCGGUGCGUGUCCUGAGGCUGCACUGUCCGGGUGGCCGAGCCAAGCCCGCGGUGCUGCCGGCUAUCCUCAGCUGCCACUGUAGUGCCUGCCCGGGAGGUGAUUUCUCAAAACGCUGAAAGCACCCUGUGGGCGCAUACAUACCAGUGGUAGGCUCUGAGCGCCCCCAUACCUACCUACAGGGACCCGUGUCCUGGCACUAACAUACCCAAAUAAAGUACACUGGUAGCAAGUCCUCAUGGUGUCUCCUUCCUGGGGCCCAUAGGGAAGGGGUGAGGGUGGAUCUGAGCCUGGCCUGGACCUGCACUGGCCACCUGGACAAGUCACUUCCCAUCUCUGACGAGUUCCAUUGUGUUCCACAUCCCCACUUACUUCAGUCUCCAGGAGGCCAAGCCUUCCACCAUCCUCACCAACAUAGUCACUCCCAUCCUGCUUGUGAAACCCUGAGUCUUUCCCAGGUUCUCUAGGCCCUCCCACUGGGCUGAUGAACCUACUGAUUUGCUAUCAGUAAACCUUGCUUUAUUGCCAACAUCUCCACAAGCUUCUUCCACCACCAGGUUGUAACUGAAACUUGGUUAUUCUGUCCCCCAAAGU